ACCGGAAUUCACAUGUCGACCUUAAAAAAUUAAUUUUUUACUUGAAUUAAAAUGAUUUUACUGAAAAAAGAAGACAUUGACAGUGAGAAAGAAGCUUUUUUCAACACAGUUGACUUAAUUUUAAACAAUCCAGACAUCAUCAGUAAAGGAAUUUUGAGCACUGAAGUUAUAAAAUUCGGUAAAAUCAGGAAUUUUUGUGAAUCGAAAGUCCUAAAAGUAUCAAAAAAUGAAAUUUUUAAUGAAAAAUCCAACUUUUGGGACGAGUUUCGACCCGAAAAUGUCGAUUUAGAUACUUUUCAAAGCAAAUCUUGCGAAAAUGGGACAUCAACUGUCGUUGUAAGAAAGAAUUUGUUAAAAAAUACGAACAUUGAAGGAGAUUCUUGGACUGUAAGUUUCACCGAUUUCACUCAAAAUUCGGUACUCGUGUGUCGUUACAAGUCCACGGAUGAUGCAAAAAGUUGUCCUUAUAAACUUUUGUAUGAAAAAAAUUCUGUUUCUCUGUUCAUUUGUUGUUCCGAGGAGGAGUUGAACGAGUUUUUGCACUUCAAACAAUGGCUCGAGACGAAAUUUUUCACUAAAUUUUGUAAAAUUCUCAAAAAUUCGAACAAUUUUCAAGGAAAUUCCGUCAAAUCCUUGUCUCUAAUCGACCGAAACGAGUAUUAUCGUCUCUAUUCGCAACUGAAACAGAAAUACAGCGAACAUCUCUUCUCAAUUUGGUGCGAAGUGACCGACCCACAAAAGUACAUCUUCGAAGAUUUGGGCAUCGCGGCGUAUCUUUUGCUACUUUGGCAGAAAUUUUCACCUGGAAAGCAAAAAUUUGUCGAUUUGGGAUGCGGAAAUGGACUUUUGGUGUACAUUUUGAGCAACGAGGGACACUUUGGAGUCGGAAUUGACGUUCGAGCACGUAAAAUAUGGGAAAUUUAUCCAAAAUCCGAGAUGAUUUUGAAAGUUGCGACAGUUACAACGACUGAAAAUUGCGAAUUUCCUGAAGCAGAUUGGAUCAUUGGCAAUCAUUCCGAUGAAUUAUCGCCGUGGAUUCCGGUAAUAGCAGCUAAAAGUUCAUUUAAAACGAAAUUUUUCCUGCUUCCGUGCUGCGCUUAUGAAUUUAACGGACAAAAGUAUCGACGAGGCAACUCCAAAACGAGCGUUUAUGAGGAUUUUUUUGUUUAUGUGACGGAAAUUUCAAGAAUUUGUGGAUUUCGGGUCGAACAUGAUCGAUUAGCGAUACCGUCGACGAAGAGAAAUGCCGUUAUUGGAGUCACCAGAGUUCAUGACGAAACAAAAAUGGAAGAUUUUUUAAAGGAAAUUCAAAAUUUUAUCGAAGAACGUACGAAAAAUUGCGAAAAAAGUGACUUUCGAACGCGAGAAUCUGUGGAAGUUGUGAAAAAUUGCACGAAAAUCGAUCGAGAAGUCGUUUCAACGAUCGCUUUGAAGGUUUUUAAUGAACUUUUGACCAAAAAACGCUUCGUACCUGACUUGCCAGAAUGGAAUACGGGCGGAAAUCUCGCUUUAACCGAAGUUAUUGGCUUGUUAAACGACUCGGAAAGGAAAAUUUUGAAAGAAAACGCUGGCGGACUCCAAACUUUGUUGAAAAAUCAUCCAAGCGUCUUCAAAAUUCAACGAGGGCAAGUUUCUAUUCGAGUUCCCGUAAAAACUAAACUCUCCGGUGACAAAUUGAAAUUUUACAAAAAAGCUGAUUGUUGGUUCUUUAAACAUCAUCCGCAAAAAUGUCCCUUGAAAGACGAAGAUUGUACCUACAAACAUGAAUUUUAGCGUUAAUUUUAGUCUAAAAUCUAUUUUUAUUGAAUUUUUUUAGAGAAAUUAAUAUGCAAUGACCGUUAAAUUUA